GUUGUGCUGUGGGUGGUCAUCCAACCCCAAACAUCACCUGGCUUUACUCUGGUGAGCCUCUCAGUCUGCAGCAUCGCCUCCUGGCAGCAGGCCGAAUUCUUCAGAUACUCAACAUCAAUGAUGCUCCUGAUGGUGAAUUCAGCUGCCUUGCUCAGAAUGAAGCUGGCUCGCUCACACAAAAAACGUCCCUGGCUCUACAAGAAUACAAGUGGUCAGUAGACAAGCUCAUGUUGUGUUCGGCUUCCUGUGGCCACAAAGGGGUGCAGCUGCCCCAGCUGAGGUGCUUACUGGAUGGGGCUGAAGUCAACAUAUCUCACUGCAAAGAGAAGUCCAAGCCAUCCCUGCAGCCCAUUGCAUGCAACAGGAGAGACUGCCCUUCACGGUGGAUGGUAACAUCGUGGUCUCCUUGCACACGGAGCUGCGGUGGUGGUAUCCAGAUGCGGCGAGUGACAUGCCAGCGCCUGACAGCAAAGGGCAGCUCUGUCCCAAUGUCAAAUGAGGCUUGUGCCCAGGUGUCCAAGCACCCCGUGGACACACAGAACUGUAACAGGCACCCCUGUGUUGAGUGGGUGGCUUCCUCCUGGGGCCAGUGUAACGGGCCUUGCAUUGGACCACGGCUGGCUGUACAGCACAGACAGAUAUUUUGCCAGACCAAAGAUGGGACUUCUGUGUCAUCAGAUCAAUGCAGUGCCUUACCAAGGCCUUUGAGUACCCAGAACUGCUGGACUGACAUUUGUGGUGUGCACUGGAGGGUCAGCCUCUGGACUGUCUGCACGGCUACGUGUGGAAACUACGGCUUCCAGUCCCGGCGCGUGGACUGCGUGCAUGUCCGCACCAACAAGCCUGUGCUGGAGCAUCACUGCUCCUGGAGGCCGCGGCCAGCAAACUGGCAGCGCUGCAACAUCACACCCUGUGAAAACAUGGAGUGCAGAGACACCACAAGGUACUGUGAGAAAGUGAAGCAGCUCAAACUCUGCCAGCUUACCCAGUUCAAGUCACGCUGCUGUGGGACUUGUGGAAAAGCUUGAAGACAGAGGCAAUGGAAAUGGAGGAACAAGGGGAUCACAGCCUGUGCUUCACUGAAGCAAGGACUUCUACAGAAAAUAUAAAUGGAAUGGAAUUCUUUUUUCAUUUUAUUUAUUUAUUUCCCUCUAAAA